GAAUGAGGAAUGACUGAUUACUAAAGUCAAUUUUGUUUAGUAAGAGUGAUAGCUGUUUCAUCCAAUUUAAUAUACGAGUCUUGAAUUUGAUUACACAUAAUUAUAGAAAGUGGUGUGGUUAUGAGAUUCGGAAAAUGAAAAAAAAGUCCCAAAAUAUCAAGAGGGUUAGUUUAUCUGGUUUGGAGGCUAUCACACGUGGUUGAACCGAUCACCACUGCCCCGAACAUCAAACUCUCACGGCUCAAUUCCAAGAUUCCCAUGGAAUAAACCAAGGAAUUUUCAAGAGUUCCUCGGAACUCAUAGCUUUUUCUCUGGUGAGCCAUGAACGCCAGAGGUCUGCUCAUUUCUCUCAACUCCGCUCACCUCCUCACAACCACCGGAAAAGCCACUCUUCACUCCAAGUCUCGCCCCUCACCUUUCCACUUUUGCCCCUCCCAUUUGCGCCCUACUUACACUGGCAACCGCUUCGUUUCGAGGCUACGAUGGGGAAGAGUGCGGGCGGAUGUCAAGUCGGAGAAGUAUGAUAUUGCGGAGUCGGCGCCGGACUCAGUUCGACUCGACCAAGCUCCUCCCACGGAUGACGGCGGCGGCGUCGCCCUUCCGUGGUGGGAAGAGUUUCCGAAGCGAUGGGUGAUUGUGCUCCUCUGCUUUUCGGCUUUCCUACUUUGCAAUAUGGAUAGAGUAAACAUGAGCAUUGCAAUACUUCCAAUGGCAUCAGAGUACAAUUGGAGUCCGACCACCGUUGGUUUGAUUCAAUCCUCUUUUUUCUGGGGUUACCUUCUCACUCAGAUUGCAGGAGGUAUAUGGGCAGAUACCGUUGGUGGAAAAUUUGUUUUAGGAUUUGGUGUAGUUUGGUGGUCAGUAGCAACAAUACUCACUCCAGUUGCAGCAAAACUUGGUUUGCCUUUUUUACUUGUUGUCCGUGCUUUCAUGGGUAUUGGAGAGGGUGUUGCAAUGCCUGCUAUGAAUACUAUACUAUCAAAAUGGGUUCCUGUAUCCGAGAGAAGUAGGUCGUUGGCGUUGGUUUACAGUGGGAUGUAUCUUGGAUCCGUCACUGGUCUGGCUUUUUCACCGAUGUUGAUCCAUAAGUUUGGCUGGCCAUCUGUCUUUUAUUCAUUUGGUUCUCUCGGCACAGUUUGGUUAGCUUUGUGGGUUAACAAGGCUUACAGUUCACCUGCAGACGAUCCUCAAUUGCUGCCUGCGGAAAAGAAGCUCAUUGUUAGCAACUGCGUAUCUAAGCAACCAGCCAAGUCGAUACCAUGGAAAUUAAUUUUAUCAAAACCACCUGUAUGGGCCCUGAUAGUAUCUCAUUUCUGUCACAAUUGGGGAACAUUUAUCCUUCUUACCUGGAUGCCGACAUAUUAUAACCAGGUGUUGAAGUUUAAUCUUACCGAGUCAGGACUUUAUUCUGUCUUUCCAUGGCUUACUAUGGCGUUUUCUGCCAAUUUGGGUGGUUGGAUUGCAGAUACUCUAGUAAGCAGAGGUGUAUCUGUAACUUUGGUUAGAAAGAUGAUGCAGACUGUUGGAUUUUUAGGCCCGGCUUUUUUCUUAACUCAGUUGAGCCAUAUUGAUUCCCCUGCAGUGGCAGUUUUGUGUAUGGCUUGCAGCCAGGGACUUGAUGCCUUUUCACAAUCAGGAUUAUAUUCAAAUCAUCAAGAUAUUGCUCCUCGAUAUUCAGGUGUAUUGCUUGGUCUAUCGAAUACUGCUGGAGUGCUGGCUGGAGUUUUUGGAACCGCGACAACUGGUUAUAUCUUGCAACAUGGUUCUUGGGAUAAUGUUUUCCAAGUAUCCGUGGGGCUCUACUUAGUUGGGACUGUGGUGUGGAAUCUUUUCUCGACUGGCGAGAAGAUUAUAGAUUGAGUCUUGAAAUACAGAAUACAAGUGAGUGAAUGUAGCUCUGCUGCAAACAUGGCUCAUUUUUUCUGCGAGCGGUCUUACGUGAAUUGCGCGACGCUGGCUCUUGUGUCGUGCAAAGAUUGCGAUGGGAAGCAGCCAUUCACGAAUUUGAAGGUACAUGCCCUUGAUGUAUAUAUGUAUAAUGUACAUGAAUUAAUUCAUAGUAUUGAUUGGCAUUUGUGAUGGUACAUCACCAUUUACAUCUUCUCUGCUGUAAUUGCUAUUUACCAAAUUUAUUCCAACUAAAUUCUGUAA